CUCCGGGCUCGCGAAAUCAAUUUGGAUCGUUUGACUCGACAUACGACCACCAUGAGCGCCCUCCGUCUCUCUCGCGCAGCUCUGCGCACUGGAUCCGCAUCAUUCUUGAAGCCCGUCCAACGCAGAGGCUAUGCUGAUGCCGUCUCGGACAAGAUCAAGCUCUCCCUGGCCCUCCCUCAUCAAUCUAUUUACAAGUCCCAAGAUGUCGUCCAAGUUAACAUCCCUGCCGAAUCUGGAGAAAUGGGUAUUCUUGCCCAGCACGUCCCAUCAAUUGAACAGUUGAAGCCCGGCUUGGUGGAAAUCAUCGAAGAGCAAGGAGGAAGCAAACAAUUCUUUUUGUCUGGAGGUUUCGCCGUAGUCCAACCAAACUCGGUUCUCAGCAUCAAUGCUGUGGAAGGAUACCCAGUGGAAGAGUUCAGCGCAGAAGCUGUCAAAUCACAGAUUGCUGAAGCACAAAAGAUUGCAAAUGGAAGCGGUAGCGAGCAGGACAUUGCUGAGGCCAAGAUUGAGCUCGAGAUCCUUGAGUCGAUCCAAGCUGCACUGAAAUAAAGCGGUCGUUCAAACAAUGUUUUUGUACAUAUAGAGGAAGACCCGAGCCAAAAGAAUUUCCGCAAGAACACUACCCCUGACUCGUGUUUCCGUCGAUCAUCUUCUUUCCAUGCCACUAACCUGAACAAUUUUCUUCUUAUCCGUCCCAACAGCAGUAGUCUCCUGUCAAUCCUUUAUUGAAUAAAUCUAAUGCUCCAGCGUCUGACUUGGCUCAAACUAGCAGGUAUCAUCAGGCAGUUUCUAGACGGAAGUCGCGGUCAUGCCAUCGGAUGCUCUUGCCCGAAUGUAAUGUCCACAUCAGAAGUUGGGAAAGAACUUCUCAGGCCUUACAUCGGCACCUUGAAACCUAUCUUUACCCAUCAAGCAGAUAUAUCACAGUCUUCGAGGCCGCAAACGAGCCUCUCAACCAAGUUGCUCGGUCAUACCGGGUUUUCCGAUAAAUUAUUUAUGCUACGAUUACCUUGCAUUCAGAAAGCAUGAGUACCGGUCGAAGGUAGG